AGGGAGAGAUUCGAGGACUCUUUUCUGAAGAAAAUGGCUAGAACCAAGCAGACUGCUCGCAAGUCUACCGGCGGGAAAGCUCCGCGGAAGCAACUUGCCACGAAGGCCGCGCGUAAAAGCGCACCAGCUACCGGCGGUGUGAAGAAGCCCCAUCGCUAUCGCCCUGGUACCGUCGCUCUCCGAGAGAUCCGGCGUUACCAGAAAUCGACUGAGCUUCUGAUCCGGAAGCUGCCUUUCCAGCGCCUGGUGCGCGAGAUUGCUCAAGAUUUCAAGACUGAUCUGCGCUUCCAAAGCUCUGCCGUCAUGGCUCUGCAGGAAGCCAGCGAAGCUUACUUGGUAGGUCUCUUUGAAGACACCAACCUGUGUGCCAUCCAUGCCAAGAGAGUCACGAUCAUGCCCAAGGACAUCCAGCUGGCUCGCCGUAUCCGCGGAGAGAGAGCUUAAAGACUCUGGUUUCACUUUCAGCAAACCCUCACAAAAAGACCCAAAGGCUCUUUUAAGAGCCACCAAAUUUUCACUUUCUAAAGAGCUAGUUU